AUGUCAUCGUUAAAAAAUUUAACAUUCUCUUACGUUUUGAUUAUUCAAUUAUUUCUUGUCAUUUAUUUCAAUGGUUUCAUACAUGGAACCAACGAUAUCGAAUUAACACCAGAUAUGCUAAAUGUGUGUGAUCAAAAACAAGAGCGUACAAUUACUACUUAUGUACCAUGUUUAAAAAGUUUUGAUCAUUUAGUUAAAGUAUGGUCGCGUAAUUGUACGGAUGGAAAAAAACUUUGUCAUACAUAUAAAUAUAAAACUGAAUAUUAUCGUGCUCAACAGCCCGUUUUGAAACAAAUUCAAACAACCGUGUAUAUAUGUUGUCAGGGUUAUACAAGAAAUAUCAAUGAUAUGGGUUGUCCAAUAGCUUUAAAUUCUACAAUAAUAUCUAAACAACAACAACAACAGCAACAAGGAAGAGUACAAAGAAAAUCAUUGAGACGAACACAUGUUGAUGAUAUGGCACUGAACAGAAGUCGUUUUCGAUGUCAACCGGCACGUUUCGGUCCUACAUGUGAAUAUUAUUGUAAUCAAUGUGAAUAUGGUAUUUGUAAUUGGCGGAUGCAAAGGUGUGAAUGUAAAGCAGGUUACAAGGGAACAUUUUGCAAUGAAACAUGUCAACAAGGAGAAUAUGGCGCUUAUUGUGUGAAAAAAUGUCAUUGUAAAUUGGACACAACAGAAUCAUGCAAUGUGGAAAAUGGCACCUGUGAAUGUUCCGCUGGCUAUGAAGGAGUCGAGUGUGAACGUCCGUGUUCAUACAAAACAUUUGGAAAAAAUUGCAAAAAUUCAUGUUCAUGUACAUCAAAUCAAAUAUGUCAUCAUAUAACAGGCAGUUGCUAUGAUAAAACAUGCACUGAUGGAACAUAUGGAUCAAAUUGUCGUCAUUUAUGUAAUUGUUCUCUAAACGGAAAAUGUGAUCCAUUUACUGGAAUAUGCGUUUGUUUUCCUGGUUGGAAAGGAUCAUCAUGUUCACACCCUUGUUCAGAAGAUCAAUACGGUUCAAAUUGUCGAAAUAAAUGUAUGUGCAUGAAUAAUGCGGUAUGUAAUCCGAGUAAUGGUAAUUGUAAGUGUUCACCGGGUUAUGUUGGCAAAUACUGUGACCGAGCUUGUGAAAGAGGUUGGUACGGGCGUGAAUGUGAGAAUAGGUGUGAUUGUAUGAAUGGUGCGACUUGUGAUCAUCAAACUGGUCAAUGUAUAUGUGGUAUGGGUACAACUGGAAGAAAAUGUGAACACGAAUGUCCUAAUGGCUACUACGGAAAUAAUUGUUCUGAACUUUGUCAAUGUAAAAAUGGUGGAACAUGUCAUCGUGUGACAGGCUGUUGUGCUUGUCAAAAUGGAUAUUUUGGCCCCAUUUGCGAGUUUGAAUGUGAUAACUCAACUUGGGGUCCAAUGUGCUCCUACAAAUGUGAUUGUGGUCAGGACAAUAGAUGUGAACAUGACACAGGAAAGUGUCAGUGUAAAGCAGGCAAAACAGGUGUUAAAUGUGACGAAGACUGUCCGUUGAAUACGUAUGGUGUUGGUUGUCAAUCAUGUCAUUGUCAACCAUUUCACUUAUGUAAUUCGGUGACGGGAGAUUGUGUAUGUAAGGAGGGUUGGAAGGGAGAAUCAUGUCAAUUUCAAAUUUCAGCUGAUGAUCCUGGGAAACCUGAGCGUGGUGAUUCGUUCAAAACAGAAUGA